AUGAGGCCAACCGUCUUAAGCAUACUGCUACUGGUCUGGUCGAGUUCUUUAUUAUCUCUUUCAACCGAAACUUCAACAACAAUAACAAGCCCAACGGCCGCAAGCCCGACAGCACCAACGACCGGCAGCCCUACAACACCAACUAUACAGACCAUCGCCACGACACCAACUACUACUGCACUGGGCAUCGCCCCGCCACCAACUGCUACCACUGCACUGGCCACCGUCUCGACACCAACUGCUACUACUAUUUCACUGGGCAUUGCCUCGACACCAAGUGCUACUACUAUUUCACUGGGCUUUGCCUUGACACCACCUGCCACUACUACUGCACUGGGCAUCGCCUCGACAUCAACUCCUACUACUGCACUGGGCAUAGCCUCCACGCCAACUGCUACUACUGCACAGAGCAUCACCCCCACACCAACUGCUACUACUGCUGCACAAGGCAUCGCCUCGACAUCAACUCCUACUACUACUGCAAUGAGCAUCGACCCCACACUAACUGCUACUACUACUGCACAGGGCAUCGACUCGACAUCAACUCCUACUACUACUGCACAGGGCAUCGCCCCGACACCAACUGCUACUACUACUGCACUGGGCAUCGCUUCGACAUCAACUCCUACUACUACUGCACUGAGCAUCGACCCCACACUAACUGCUACUACUACUGCACAGGGCAUCGCCUCGACAUCAACUCCUACUACUACUGCACAGGGCAUCGCCUCGACACCAACUGCUACUAUUGCUGCACAGGGCAUCGUCUUGACACCAACUGUUACUUCCACUGCACCUGGCAUCGCUUCGACACAAAACUGUCACCACUACGUCACUGGGCAUCGCCUCGACACCAACUGCUACUACUGCACAGGCCACCGCCCCCACGCCAACUGCUACUACUACACAGGGCACCGCCUCGACACAAACUGCCACUAUUACUGUAAAGGGCCUCUCCCCCACCUCCACAGCUACUACUGCACUGGCAUCGCCUCGACAUCAACUCCUACUACUACUGCACUGAGCAUCGACCCCACUCCAACUGCUACUACUACACAGGGCACCGCCUUGACACAAACUGCCACUAUUACUGCAAAGGGCAUCUCCCCCACCUCUACAGCUACUACUGCACAGGGCAUCGCCUCGACAUCAACUGCUACUACUACUGCACAGGGCAUCGCCUCGACACCAACUGCUACUACUACCGCAAAAAGCAUCUCCUCCACACCAAUUGCUACUACUACUGCACAGGGCAAUCCCUCGACAUCAACUGCUACUACUACUGCACAGGGCAUCGCCUCGACACCAACUGCUACUACUACCGCAAAAAGUAUCUCCUCCACACCAACUGCUACUACUACUGCACAGGGCAAUCCCUCGACACCAACUGCUACUACUACUGCACAGGGCAUCGUCUCGGCCCCAACUGCCACCACUGCCGCACAGACCACUACUAAUGCAUUGGGCAUCGCCUCGCCACCAACUGCUACCACUGCACUGGCCACAGCCUCGACACCAACUGCUACUACUAUUUCACUAGGCAUUGCCUUGACACCAACUGCCACUACUACAGCACUGAGCAUCAUCCCCAGACCAACUCCUACUACUGCACAACGCACCGCCCCCACACCAACUGGUAGUACUGCACAGGGCAUCCCCUCUAUACCAACUGCUACUACUACUGCACAGGGCAUCGCCUUGACACCAACUGGUACGACUACUGCACAGGGUAUCACCUGGACACAAAGUGCCACCACUAUGUCACUGGGAAUCGCCUCGACAUUAACUGCCACUAUUAUUGCAAAGAGCAUCGCCCCCACCCCAACUGCUACUACUACUCUGGGCAUCGAUCGAACGUCAACUCCAACUACUGUACUGGGAAUUGAACAUGCAACAUUUGCUACUACUACUGCACAGGUCAUUGUCUCGACACGAACUGCCACUACUACUGUACAGGGCAUCGCCCCGACACCAACUGCUACUACUACUGCACAUAGCAUCGCCUCGACACCAACUGCUACUACUUCUGCACUUGGCAUCGCCUCGACACCAACUGCGGCUACUACUGCACUGAGCAUCACCCCCACACCAACUGCUACUACUGCACUGGGCAUUGCCUUGACACCAACUGCCACUACUACAGCACUGAGCAUCAUCCCCAGACCAACUCCUACUACUGCACAACGCACCGCCCCCACACCAACUGGUAGUACUGCACAGGGCAUCCCCUCUAUUCCAACUGCUACUACUACUGCACAGGGCAUCGCCUUGACACCAACUGGUACGACUACUGCACAGAGCAUCACCUGGACACAAAGUGCCACCACUACGUCACUGGGAAUCGCCUCGACAUCAACUGCUACUACUGCACAGGCCAUCGCCCCCACACCAACUGCUACUACUGCACAGGGCACCACCUCGACACAAACUGCCACUAUUAUUGCAAAGAGCAUCACCCCCACCCCAACUGCUACUACUACUCUGGGCAUCGAUUGCACGUCAACUCCAACUACUAUACUGGGAAAUGAACAUGCAACAUUUGCUACUACUACUGCACAGGGCAUUGUCUCGACACAAACUGCCACUACUACUGCACAGGGUAUCUUCUCGACACCAAGUCCUACUACUACUGCACUGGGCAUCGCCUCGACAUCAACUGCUACUACUACUGCACAUAGCAUCGCCUCGACACCAACUGCUACUACUUCUGCACUUGGCAUCGCCUGGACACCAACUGCCGCUACUACUGCACUGAGCAUCACCCCCACACCAACUGCUACUACUGCACUGGGCAUUGCCUCGAAACCAACUGCUACUACUACUGCACAGGUCAUCGCCUCGGCACCAACUGCUACUACUACUGCACUGGGCAUGGCCUUGACACCAACUGCUACUACUACUGCACUGGGCUUCGCCUCAACACAAACUGCCAAAACUACGUCACUGGGCAUCGCCUCGACAUCAACUGCUAAUACUGCACAGGCCACCGCCCCCACGCCAACUGCUACUACGCCACAGGGAACCGCCACGACACAAAAUGCCACUAUCACUGCAAAGGGCAUCGCCUCCACGCCAACUGCUAUUACUACUGCACUGGGCAUCUCCUUGACACCAACUUCUACUACUGCACAGGGCAUCACCUCGACAUCAACUGCUACUACUACUGCACUGGGGAUCACCUCGACACCAACUGCUGCUACUACUACUGCACUGGGCAACGCCUUGACACCAACUGCUACUACUACUGCAAAAAGAAUCGCCUGGACACCAGCUGCAACUACUACUACACAAGGCAUUACCUUGACACCAACUGCUUCUACUAGUGCACUGGUCAUCGCCUUGACAAAAACUGCCAUCACUACAACACAGGCCAUCACCCCCACGCAAACUGCUACUACUACACAGGUCUUCGCCUCGACACAAAAUGCAACUUUAAUUGCAAAGGGCAAAGCCCCUACAUCAACUGCUACUACUGCUGCACUCGGAAUCGCCUUGACACCAAUUGCUACUAUUACUGCACUGGGCAUCGCCUCGACACAAACUGCUAAUACCACUGCACAAGGCAUCACUUCGUCACCAACAGCUACUACUAAUGCACAGGGAAUCACUUCAACAAGAAAUGCUUCUAUUACUGCAUUGGGCAUCUCCUUGACACAAACUGCUACUACUGCACUGGGCAUCGCCCCCAUGCCAACUGCUACUAAUACUGCACUGGGCAUCGCCUCGACACCAAGUGCCAGUACUAUUGCACUGGGCAUCACCCCCACACCAGCUGCUACUACUGCACUGGACAUUACCCCCACACCAACUGGUACUACUACAGCAGAAGGCAUUGCCUCGACACCAACUGCUACUACUACGGCAAAAAGCAUCGCCUUGACACCAACUGCAACUACUACUGCACUGGGUAUCGCCUCGUCACCGACAGUUACAACUAAUGCACAGAGCAUUACCUCAACAUCAACUGCUUCUAUUACUGCAUUGGACAUCUCCUUGACACCAACUGCUACUACUUCUGCACUGGGUAUUGCCUCGACAUCAACUGCUACUACUACAGCACAGGGCAUCACGUCGACACCAACUGCUACUACCAUUGCACAGGCCACUACAACUGCUCUGGGUAUCGCCUUGAUACCAACUGCUAGUACUGCACUUGGCACCACCUCCACACGAACUGGAACUACUACUGCACAGGGCAUACCCUCGACAUCAGCUGCUGCUACUGCAGCACAGGGCAUCGACUCGACACCAACUGCGGUUACUUUUGCACAGGGCACUACUUCUGCACUGGGCAUGGCGUCAUCAACAACUCAUACGACUAUUGCACUGGGCAUCACCUCGACACCAACUCCUUCUACUACUGCCACUACUAUUGCACAGGCGACUACUUCUGCUCAGGGGAUAGCCUCGACACCAACUGCUACUACUGCUACACGGGGCAUCGAGCCGACAUCAGCUGAUACUACUGCUGCAAAGGGCAUCGCCUCGACACCAACUGCCACUACUGCUGCACAGGGCAUCGCCUCGACACCAACUGCUACUACUGCUACACGGGGCAUCGAGGCGACAUCAGCUGAUACUACUACUGCACUGGGUAUUGCCUCGAUACAAACUGCUACUACUACUGCACAGCGUAUUGCCUGGACACCAACUGCCACUACCACUGCACAGCGUAUCGCCUGGACACCAACUGCUACUACUGCUGCACAGGGCAUCUCCUCGACACCAACUGCCACUACUGCUGCACAGGGCAUCGCCUCGACACUAACCGCUAUUACUACUGCACAGGGCAUCGCCUCGACACCAACUGCUAUUAGUACUGCACAGGGCAUCGCCUUGACACCAGCUGCCACUACCACUACACAGGCCACUACUACUGCUCAGGGCAUCACCUUGAAACCAACUGCUACUACUACUGCACUGGGCAUCGCCUCCACACUAACUACUACUACCGCACAGGGCAUAGCCUUGACACGAGCAUCUCUUAGUACUGCACAGGGCAUGGCCUCGACAACAACUGCUUCUACUACUGCACAGGGCAUCGCCUCGACACCAACUGCGGUUACUUUUGCACAGGGCACUACUUCUGCACUGGGCAUGGCCUCAUCAACAACUGAUGCGACUACUGCACUGGUCAUUGCAUUAACGCCAACUGCCACUACUACUGCACAAGUUACUACUACUGCUCAAGGGAUAGCCUCGACACCAACUGCUAUUACUGCUACACGAGGCAUCGCCUUGACACCAACUGUUACUCCUACUGCACCUGGCAUCGCCUUGACACCAACUGGUACUACUACUGUACAGGGUAUCACCUCGACACCAACUGUUACUACUGCUGUACAGGGCAUGGCCUCGACCCCAACUGCUACUACUACUGCAGAGGGCAUCGCCUCGACACCAACUGCUAUUACUGCUACACGAGGCAUCGCCUUGACACCAACUGUUACUCCUACUGCACCUGGCAUCGCCUUGACACCAACUGGUACGACUACUGUACAGGGUAUCACCUCGACACCAACUGUUACUACUGCUGUACAGGGCAUGGCCUCGACCCCAACUGCUACUACUACUGCAGAGGGCAUCGCCUCGACACUAACUGUUACUCCUUCCGCACAGGGCAUCGCCUCGACACCAACUGGUACGACUACUGUACAGGGUAUCGCCUCAACACCACCUGCUACCACAACUGCACAGGCCACUACUACUGCACAGGACAUUGCCUCGACACCAACUGCUACUACUACUGCACAAGGCAUUGCCUCGACACCAACUGCCACUACUACUGCACAGGCCACUACUAAUGCUCAGGGUAUUGCUUUCAUACCAACUACUACUAAUGCACUGGGCAUCACCUCCACACUAACUGCUACUACUGUACAGGGUGUAGCCUCGACACGAACAGCUCUUACUACUGCACAGGGUAUGGCCUCAACAACAACUGCUACUACUACUGCACAGGGCUUCGCCUCGACACCAACUGCGGUUACUUCUGCACAGGCCACUACUUCUGCACUGGGCAUGGCCUCAUCAACAACUGAUGCGACUACUGCACUGGGCAUCGACUCGACGCCAACUGCCACUACUACUGCCAAGGCGACUACUUCUGCUCAGGGCAUCGCUUCGACACCAACUGCUACUACUGCACAGGGCAUCACCGCCACACCAACUGCUACUAUUACUGCACUGGGUAUCACCUGGACACCAUCUGCUACCACUGAUGGACAGGGCAAUCCCUCGACACCAACUGCUACUACUACUGGUCAGGUAUUCGCCUUGACACCAACUGCUACUACUGCUGCACAGGGCAUCGGCUUGACACCAACUGCCACUACUUUUGCACAGGUCACCACUACUGCACAGGGCAUUGCCUUGACACCAACUGCCACUACUUCUGCACAGGCCACUACUAUUGCAAUAAGCAUCGCCUCGACAAAAACUGGUAGUCCUACUGCACCUGGCAUCGCCUCUACACCAAAUGCUUUUAGUACUGCUCAGGGCAUCGCCUCGACACCAGCUGGUACGACUACUGUACAGGGCAUCGCCUCGACACCAACUGAUACGACUACUGUACAGGGUAUCGCCUCGACACCAACUGCUAUUACUGCUGCACAGGGCAUGGCCUCGACACCAACUGUUACUACUACUGCACAGGGCAUCUCCUCGAAACCAACUGCUGUAAGUACUGCACUGGGCAUCGCCUUGACACCAGCUGCCACUACCACUGCACAGGCCACUACUACUGCUCAGGGUACCGCCUUGAAACCAACUGCUACUACUACUGCACUGGGCAUCGCCUCGAUACCAGCUGCUACUACUGCACUGGGCAUCACCUCCACACUAACUGCUACUACUGCACAGGGCAUCGCCUUGACACCAACUGCCAUUACUUCUGCACAGGUCACUACUAAUGCAUUGGGCAUCGCCUCGACACCAACUGCUACUACUACUGCUAAGGGUAUCACCUCGACACCAACUGCUACUAUUGCUGCACUGGGCACCGCCUCGAUACCAACUGCUACUACUGCACUGAGCAUCACCUCCACACUAACUGCUACUACUGCACAGGGCAUCGCCUUGACACCAACUGCCAUUACUUCUGCACAGGUCACUACUACUGCACAGGGCAUUGCCUCGACAUCAGCUGCUAUUACUACUGCACAGGGCAUCGCCUCGACAUCAACUCCUACUACUACACCACAGGGCAUCGCCUCGAUACCAACUACCUUUAUUACUGCACAGGCCACUACUACGGCACAGGGCAUCGCGUCGACACCAACUGCCACUACUGGUGCACAGGUUAUUGCAUCGAUAACAACUGCCACUAAUGGUGCACAGGGCAUCGCCUCGACACCAACUGCCACGACUACUGCACAGGGCAUCUAUACUCCUGCGAAAGACAGACUGAGCAGCCUAAGCGUCGCGUCCACCAAACCUACGAAGAGCCAGAGCAACGGGUCCGCCGUGCCCACCGACCCAUCGACAAGCCAGAGCAUUGGGUUUACGGAGCCUCCGACGAGCCAGAGCACCGGGUCUACCGACCCUCUGACGAGCCCGACCACAGGGUCUACCGACACUCCGACAAGCCAGAGCACCGGGUCCACCGAACCCCCGACUACGGUACCUCUUCCAGUCAGCACCAUACAAGGCAUCUACACCCCAGACAAAGUGGUGUACAAGCUAACUAUGCCUCUUACUGUAAACCAGAAAUAUGAUGAAGGCAAGAAAGAGGUGUACAGAAGUGAAUUUAAACGAGUGCUGAAUACAGCCUAUCAAAAUCUCACAGGAUUCCAGAGUGUUCAAAUCAACGACAUAAGGGAGGGCAGCGUGAUCUGUGACCACACCGUCAACUUUGACACCAGUGCCAUUCAACAAGGCGCCAAUAAUUCUGUUGCCGCCAUAGCAACCACCAUACAAAGGGAGAUCAAUCAGACAGUUGUGCCUUACCUAAGUCGGGAGUCUAUUGCGAAUGGAUCCGUAAUUAUAGACAAGUUUGACGCUGCUUUGAAGACAGGUAAGCCCUCAUGUGCUCCCCAAAUUUUAGAGAGGAACAAAAUCAUUGCCAUCUGCGUGGGAGCUGGUGGGGGCGGUGUCCUCGUCUUGGUAGCUAUCAUCGUCAUCCUUACCUGCAAACUACGGAAGUCCAAGGGUUUGAAAGCAUCCGAGUACGUGGCAGUCUUACUCUAUACUCCCACUGUGGCCUGGUAUUGA